GCAUCACCUGCUCGAGCUGCUCAGCUGCUCAGUCUGGUCACUGGCCACCACUCUCCCUCAACAACCCCCUUCUUGCCACCAGCCCCCCGCAUCCAACGCCGCCUACCAUGUCCGCGACGUACCGGUCGCUCGGACGUGCGGCACCCUUUGUCGGUGGUCUCGCUGUCGCAGUCUACGCAAGCAAGCUCAACGUCCGCAAUGACGACUCGGCCCCUCCUCCCCUUCCGAAGGCAGUAGCGGCGGCACGCCCCAGCACGCUCUUCGGCGCCGCCGCCCCCUUCACACCGAUUGCUUGGGGCACGAACGAGUACCUCACGCUCUCGCCCGACCCCUCCGUCAAGGUCAUCAAGCGGCCGACGCCGAUGGCCACGCUCGGCGCCACGCCCCUCCACGACCUUGUAAUUCACGAGAAGUAUGGCGCGGCCAUCGACGCCAGGGGGGAUGUGUGGAUGUGGGGCAAGGGCUACGACCCUACGGGCGAGAUUGGCCGCUCGCUGCGCGGAAAGAAACUGCGAACUCUCGCCGCCGGGCCAGGUAAGCUGUUCGGGCUGAGCAAGGACGGGCGGCUGUACGUCGUCAGCGUGGACCGCGCUUUCCAAGAGGGCCAGGCCAAGCCGCGCGGCUACUGGAAGAAGCUCACGACGCGCGACCCCAUCGUCGACUUUGUGGAAUUGCAGGCGUCAGAGAAGUUCCAUUGGGGUGAGAAGUGGGAGAGCGUGUCUGUGGGCCGCCACCACCUGUUGGCGGUGACGAACAGGGGGCGCACGUUCUCGCUGCCGCUCUCGCCGAGCGCCAACACCCACCGCCAGCUCGGCACCAAGCAGACGUUGCCCGCGGCUGUCGCGGCGUCGCCGGAGAAGGCGCUGGCGGACUCGCCGUCGCUGCCGCCCGAGAGCGAUCCCCGCUUCGCCACGACCCUCACGCAGAUCCCGGCGUUGGCAGGCAUCAAGAUCGACCAGGUGGCCGCGAGCGAGCGCUCAUCCUUCGUGCGGACGGACGAGGGGCGCGUCCUUGGCUUCGGCGCCAACGACUACGGCCAGAUCGGCCUUGGAGCGAACACGACGGUCGCGACCGUGCCGACGCCCGUCGAAAUCGUCCUCGCCAAGGCUUACCCCGCCGGCACGACGCUGCGGUGCACGAACAUCGCGGCCGGCGCGUACACCACCAUGUUCACGGUCGAGCGCGCAGCGAUCGGCGGGCCCAAGCUUUUUGACCUCCUUUCAUGCGGCAACGGGCAGAGCGGCUCGCUCGGCACGAGCUCGACGAGCUCGGCGUGCUACGUGCCCACGCGGAUCAGAGCGCUGAGUGGCAUCCAAGAAUACUCGGAGAAGCUGCAGGCUGCAAUCGGGCUCAACAUCCACAAGGUGUCCAUUUCGCCGUCGCCCAACACGCACGUCUUCGCUGUGCUCGACACUGUGUCCGAGGCCGACGCCAAGGGCCUCAAGGACGGUCUCUAUGGGCGCGACGUCAUGGUGUGGGGCGGCAACUUCGACUACCAGCUCGGGAACGGCAAGAAGUCGGGCGUCGCGGUCCCGCAGCACCUGCCCUCGCUGAUUCCGCAUGCUAUCGACGCGAUCGUCGCGCAGACGCCCGAGGCAGAGUCGUCGCCCUUGCCCCUCACCCGUCUGCAGCUGCACGCGGCUGUGGCGGACACGUACGACAUGCUCGGCAAGCUUAUCAAGCGCGGCGUCAAGACCGAGGAGACUGUCGUCGCGGGAUACAACUGCUCAGUUUUGUACAACAAGAUCAUCAGCUAGUAAAUCUGCACGGUAUAGUCAGGGAGCUUGGCCCUUCCUUUGUCAGUCUUCUCCGGCCACACUCCCCUUCGCUUUACACGUUUGCAGAAGUUCGCAGAUCUAGCUCACCAAACCGUCCGGAUAUCCAGAACGUGUAAACGUGUAGAGAUUGGCAUACCUGCGCGCCUCGACAUGCUGCUAGAUAUGUGCCAUGAAUGCGCCAUGGACGCACUGUGAUUGUGCCAUGAAUGCAGGGUAUCACCGCACCUCCUCCCACGAUGGCACGGGUGGGGGCUCCUCGAUCUCUUUGUCCUCCC